AUGAAGGCAAAGUCGUGGGGUGCGGUUUUAAUUCUCAUCCUCGUUGCGAUUGCAACAGGACCGGAGCAGACAGCGGCUAAAGGCUUUAGAGCUGCAGUGAAAGACCUGUUUAACAGGGUCCUUGGAAGGACACCCCAACCGGCACAAGUCGCUCCGAUUGUCGUAGAGAAACCAGAACGCCCCGAGACCCCGUUUCAACCGGCGACGGGACGUACUGCCCCAGUGGCAAGCCAAAGAUCGAUGAGCUACGAGACCAGACCCUCCUUCAAUCUUCUAUAUGCGGAUCUGGGCCGGUACGGCUCUGAGGAAGUCGUCGCAGAGUUGGAAGCUGGUUUCCACAAUUUUGCUGCAAACAUCUACCAGGGCCAGGUGAUGAUGCGAGCGGCCCUAUCGCGGUUGGCGACAGCGGUGAAACGAGUUGUUCUGCCGAUUUCUGGCGAGCAUGCGAUGAAUCUGUGGUACAUCAGGCAGCGUGUCGUCAAUCUGUAUUUCGACAGUCGAGCGCUCGCGUUGCGGUGCUUGUAUAUCGCCUACUUCCCAAUUCCUGCCACUCCAUCGUGGGACACAAGAGAUAUUCCUUACCGAAGAAGAAAGUUGCUGCACUUCCUUGGAACUUAUUAUAUGCUAGACGCCCGGCUCACGCUUCUAAUUCGUUUCAUGAAGGCGCUUCUUUCGACAGUCUCAGAGGUCUUCGCAUCGCACAAAACAGGCAAAUUGGAUUCGAUGGGAAGGGUCAUCCAUACCAGUGGCCUGUAUUUGAUAGAUGGAUUUACUUUGUUUUAUGAGACACUGUCUGGCCUGAAGGACGCGGUUGUGGCAUCAGUGGUUUUCCCUCAUCCCCGGGAGAGGGCUUAUCGGGCACUUCAUCGGACAGGGUUGGAUUCGCAUCAUAUUCUGAACGCCGCGAAGAGUGCCAUUGAUACAAGUGUUCAAUUCCGCCGAGGGCAUAUCGACCAGAUCGUUAAGGCCGAGGGACAGGACGGGACAUCGAUGCUGUGA